AUGUCUAGCCGUCACUCUGAUUCAACAUCAAGCUCCCCUCCAACCUAUGAAGACCAUUUCGGUCUCAAAGAGGCAUCAAUUAAUCGGGGCAUGCUCAAAGCUAGUCCGCCUAAUUUGGUACGCCAAUUCUUCCGUGGGACUUCAAAGCCAGCUUCAGACCAAAUACCCACCCGCAUAAAAUUGACUGACCUCAAGAGUCGCGGCACUUUAAUCAAGCACACCACUUCUGCAAUUCCAAACAUCGAGUACAAUACGUUCAGCACUUUUGAAUGCCCCUACAAUACCGUGCACGAAUCACCACUGUUGGACGUAUCGCUUGAAAUGGACACCGACACCGUCUGCCUGCAAGGAUUAAAUGCUAGCUCUGUAACAGGCUCACAUCCCAACAUUGAUUGCGAACAACCUCAAAGUAACGGCCUUGUUUCCGGUAAAUUGCGAAUAACUGUCAAGGGCGCAAACUCGAUCUUAUUGAAUAAUGUUCAAGUGAGACUCAGCGGUUACUCAUGUGAGUACGUCUGUAAUGUCGGAAACCCUUCGGAAGUCAAAGUAGUAAAGCUUUUGAACUCGCCUAGGUCAAGGUCCCAGUCCCACAUAUCAUACCAGACUCCUUUUAUACAAGAUGUCAUUCAGUUCAACUUGCCAGGCAACGAACAUCCUAGCGACUCCGAUCAGCUGAGCGGCUUAGUACUAUUACCUCCAGGUACCUACGACUAUAAGUUCGAGUUCAUAGUAGACUCAAAACAUUUCCCAGCCUCGGUAGCAACUCACUAUGGCUCUACUGCAUACAGAGUAGAGUCUUUUGUUACAGUACCGAAACGGAAGAGCAAGUUUGAAACGGUUAUGCUAACCUCGCGACUAUUGCUAAAAAAAACGCUUUCACCAGACUACAUUGACAUUCAGGAAAGUUUAUCAACGCAAAGCACCUGGAGAAAUGGGAUGCUUGAUUACGAUAUCUUCUUAAGUUCGAGGCUUUUGGAGUUUGACACUCCAUUUCAAAUGUCGCUACAGUUGAUCAAAAAAUCCACUGAACAGUUUAGAAUCAAAUUUGUGAAAAUAACCCUCGAACAAAAGUGCUCGAUUCCUUGUGUUGAUCGCAACAGUGGCGCUGUUGUGGAAGAUAUUAAUUCCCUUGUAACAACGGCAUCCUUAGAAUUCGCCCAUAAUUUUAACGAGAACGAUCUGUGUCACAAUCUGACCAUGAACGAUUUGAAAGCGAGUUCAUCAUUGAAAAAAGCGAUCUACAAUGAUUCUUUUUUCCCCUUUUACGAAGAGCCAAGCUCGAAUCUGGCCGGAGCAACUAGCGAAAUAUUCAAGUUAAGAAUCUCGCACGAAAUUAAAAUCAAGAUAGGAAUUGAGGUAAAAGGUUCUAAAGGCUGGAAUAAUGAAGAACUCUUGGCCUUAGUCUUGCGAAUUCCAGUGUUGCUUGUGGAUCAAAACAUGGGAGUUUCGGCUCAAUUACCAAAGUACGAACCUAAGUCUUUAAAUUCCAGGCCUAUUGUAAUUCUGGAGUGUCAGAGUGAAUCGAGUAUACUGACGCCUCCGGAAUACGAUAAGAUAGGUGAAGAAAACAUUUGA